GUUUCUUGUUACGCAUCAAAAUAGAAGACUUACUCCGCCCUUCCUUUGCCUCCUUACAACCCCAAUUCCACCCACAUCAGGUGGAAUUAUCUCGACCUCGAGCACGUUGAUCGUUCCUGACUUUCUCCUCUGCAUUGGUUGGCGCAAUGCUUCGAUCCUCCUUACGGCAAAAGAGCUGCCAGCUCUUGAAAGCUGGCUCUUCUGCAAGAGCUCUCUCUACGACUUCACGAUCCUCCCUAUUCACCUCCAACACCUCUACAAAGCACGCCGUAUCAUCGAAACGAUGUCUUUUGACGAGUCUCUCACAAAAACGAUGGUCCUCUGCCACGGCCUCUGCCCCAGAUCCAAACGAUAACUUCCUUUCCGGAAAUACCGCAAACUACGUCGAUGAGAUGUACAUGCAAUGGAAGGAGGAUCCGUCAAGUGUUCACAUAUCAUGGCAGGUCUACUUCAAGAACAUGGAGAGUGGUGAUAUGCCAAUGUCACAAGCUUUCACGCCUCCCCCGAAUUUGGUUCCAACUCCAACAGGAGGUGUCCCAAACUUCAUGCCUGGUCUGGGUAUGGCUGCAGGACAAGGCUCUGAUGUCACAAAUCACUUGAAGGUUCAACUUCUUGUUCGUGCAUAUCAAGCACGAGGUCAUCACAAGGCGAACAUCGACCCCUUGGGCAUUCGCCGCGAGGCUGAAGAAUUUGGUUACAGCAACCCCAAGGAGCUUCGUUUGGAGCACUACCAAUUCACCGAAAAGGACCUCGACACCGAGUAUACUCUGGGGCCUGGUAUUCUUCCACGAUUCAAGAAAGAAGGCAGGGAAAAGAUGACCCUACGAGAUAUUAUUGCCGCAUGCGAGAAGAUCUACUGCGGGUCGUAUGGUACCGAGUACAUUCACAUCCCAGAUCGCGAGCAAUGCGAUUGGCUCCGUGAACGCAUCGAGACCGAACAACCUUUCAAAUACACUGUUGAUGAGAAGCGCCGAAUCUUGGACCGUCUUAUCUGGUCUUCCAGUUUUGAAAGUUUCUUGGCUACCAAAUAUCCUAAUGACAAGCGUUUUGGUCUGGAAGGUUGUGAGACCCUGGUACCAGGAAUGAAGGCUUUGAUCGAUCGGAGUGUCGAUUAUGGUGUGAAGGAUAUCGUCAUUGGAAUGCCCCAUCGUGGUCGUCUCAAUGUCCUCAGUAACGUCGUACGAAAGCCUAAUGAGUCCAUCUUCAGUGAAUUCGGGGGUUCUGCAGCUGCUGAGGAUGAAGGAUCUGGUGAUGUGAAAUAUCAUCUGGGAAUGAACUUUGAGCGCCCUACGCCUUCUGGCAAGCGUGUUCAAUUGUCCUUAGUCGCCAAUCCCUCCCAUUUGGAGGCUGAAGACCCUGUUGUUUUGGGCAAGACUCGAGCCAUCCAACACUACAACAACGACGAGAAGAACCACACCACGGCCAUGGGCGUCCUUCUUCACGGUGAUGCUGCUUUUGCUGCUCAAGGUGUUGUGUACGAAUGUUUGGGUUUCCACUCGUUGCCAGCUUACUCUACUGGCGGUACCAUUCAUUUGGUUGUGAACAAUCAGAUUGGUUUCACUACCGAUCCUCGAUUCGCACGCUCCACUGCCUACUGCACUGACAUUGCCAAGUCUAUCGAUGCCCCAGUAUUCCACGUCAAUGCUGAUGAUGUCGAGGCUGUCAACUUUGUCUGCCAAUUGGCUGCUGAUUGGCGUGCCGAGUUCCAGAAGGAUGUGGUCAUUGAUCUCGUCUGUUACCGCAAACAUGGCCACAACGAGACUGACCAGCCUUCAUUCACCCAACCUUUGAUGUACAAACGUAUCCAGUCUCACGAACCCCAAAUUGAUAUCUACAUAAACCAACUCUUGAAAGACGGCAGCUUCACCAAGGAUGAUAUCGAGGAGCACCGUAAAUGGGUCUGGGGAAUGCUUGAAGAGAGUUUUGCCAAGAGCAAAGAAUAUCAACCAACUUCAAAGGAAUGGACCACUUCCGCCUGGAACGGGUUCAAGUCGCCAAAGGAGUUGGCGACCGAAGUUCUUCCCCACAACCCCACCGGUGUCGACAAGCAAACCCUGGAGCACAUCGGCACAGUAAUCGGCACAGCUCCAGAAGGCUUCAACGUCCACCGUAACUUGAAGAGAAUUCUUUCCAACCGUGUCAAAACUGUCACUGAAGGCAAGAACAUCGAUUGGUCAACUGCUGAAGCUCUUGCUUUUGGUUCCCUUGUCACUGAAGGUCACCACGUCCGUGUCUCUGGCCAGGAUGUCGAGCGUGGUACUUUCUCACAACGUCACGAUGUUUUCCAUGAUCAAGAGAACGAGAAGACAUACACCCCACUUCAACACAUCAGCAAGGACCAAGGUAAAUUCGUCAUCUCCAACUCGUCGCUAUCUGAGUUUGGUGCUCUCGGAUUUGAAUACGGAUACUCUCUCUCAUCGCCAAAUGCUCUCGUCAUGUGGGAAGCCCAAUUCGGUGAUUUCGCCAACAAUGCCCAAUGUAUCAUUGACCAGUUCAUUGCUUCUGGUGAGGUGAAAUGGAUGCAGCGUUCCGGUCUCGUCAUGUCGUUGCCCCAUGGAUAUGAUGGACAAGGCCCAGAGCAUUCCUCGGGACGUAUGGAGAGAUAUUUGCAACUUUGUAAUGAGGAUCCCCGUAUCUUCCCCACUCCUGAGAAGUUGGAUCGUCAACAUCAAGACUGCAACAUGCAGAUUGCUUACAUGACGACCCCGUCCAAUCUGUUCCAUAUCCUGCGCAGACAAAUGAACAGGCAGUUCCGCAAACCUCUCAUCAUUUUCUUCUCCAAGUCACUUCUUCGUCAUCCUCUUGCUCGCUCAUCGAUCGAAGAGUUCACUGGCGACUCACAAUUCCAAUGGAUCCUCCCCGACCCAGAGCACGGCAACACUAUUAAUGAGCCAGAACAGAUCGAACGUGUCAUUCUCUGCACUGGUCAAGUCUAUGCUGCGCUGCAUAAGCACCGUGCCGACCAAGGUAUCAAGGACACCGCCAUCACUCGUAUCGAGCAACUGAACCCCUUCCCUUGGCAACAGUUGAAGGAGAAUCUUGACUCAUACCCCAACGCUAAGACAAUUGUCUGGUGUCAAGAAGAACCUCUCAAUGCUGGAGCUUGGAGUUUCACCCAACCCAGAAUCGAGACUUUGUUGAACGAGACUGAGCACCAUGAUCGUAAGCACGUUAUGUAUGCCGGACGUGACCCAAGCGCCAGUGUAGCAACUGGUCUCAAGGCAAGCCACAUGAAGGAGGAAGCUAAGCUGUUGGAGACUGCUUUCAGCGUUACCCAAGACAAGCUCAAGGGAGAGUAGAUGGUGUUGUAAUGAUAAACGGGCUGAGAUGACUGAGUAGUUGCAUUAGAUGCAUUUGUAUUAUUGUAUAGGAAUGAUGGCUCAGAGUGAGCUGCUCGAUGAGUUUUAAAUGGACUUGCAAGCAAUGAGAGCAUGAUGAAGCGUUUUGAAGAGCUUGCCUGUUCCAAUGUCUCCUGUGUUCAGAGAGGUGCGAACGGCAUUCGAAGGGAUAGAACGUAGUCUGGUUGCUUUUGUUUCGGUUUAAUUUAAAACUAAACCUCCGAGAGUUACGUGUCACCGGGUGCGCUUACGAGGAGUUGAACUUUACACUAGUCGCUCUCGAAAGAUUUGCUUUCGGGUAUCAUCUACGUUUAAAUUUGCUAUAAUUCUGGAGCAAGUUUAGCGUACAGCUUAUUUUAUUUCACGAUAUUUUUAUUUAAUUUAUUUAAUUUAUUAAAUCUCGCCGAG